AUGCCCUGUAUUGCCGAGCUGCUGCUGUGUUCUGCCCCAGAGGUGGCCGCACUCACUGCAGUGUUGGAUGAGGCCUACAUCUCCCUGGGAGGUGUGCUGCAAAGCUUAGGUCCAGAACGGGCCUCCCAGGGCAGGAGCUGGAACAAGGGGGAAGAGGGAGCAGCUGCCUCGGAGUCUCCAGGAGAUGGGGUUUGUCCAGUCCAGGAGGAGCACUGGAAGGCAGCCUUGAGAUGGUGGUCCUCGAUCCGCAGCUGCCAGUUCUGGUCUCUGAUCCAGAGAUGGAGGCCAAGGCGGGUGAAUCGCCAUGUGCGGAACGGGCACCUGCUGCUUUGGCCCUGCCUUGGCCUGAGACGGAAUCGCCUCCAGCCGGAGAUCCUUCCCAGGAGGCAGAGGAGCUGUUUGAGCAGGCGCCGAACCAAGAGGAACAGGCUGAGACGGACACAGAAGGAACCAGAAUCAGAACCAGAGCCCAAAUCCAGAAGCAAAGCAAUGAAAGCAGCAAUUGGAGCAGGUGUCGGAAUAGGACUUGCAGUCAUUGGGGCCCCAGUAGCAAUCUGGGCAGCAGGCUUUACUGGAGCAGGCAUUGCAGCUGGGUCGUUCGCUGCCAAGAUGAUGUCAGCAGCUGCCAUCGCCAACGGAGGAGGAGUGGCUGCUGGGAGCCUUGUGGCCACACUGCAAUCAGCGGGUGCUGUAGGACUCUCGCUAGGUGCUAAAGUUGGGCUGGGCACUGCACUAGGAUCUGUAGGUGCGGCUGUUGGCUCCUGGUUCUCUAAGCAUAAAUGAAAGCUAUGCAAGUCCUGCUGGCAUCUGAAGUAGACACUGACCAGUCCUGGAAACCCUUAAGCUGCAAAGCGGGGCCAAUGCAGCAAGCUAUGUGAUGUGGGGUGGUAAUUACUUCGUUGUUGCCUGGGAAAAGCUACUGCAAACGUGUCGCUUGUUCUGCCUUCUCUUUAACGGUUGUUGAGCUGCUCUGAUUAUGGUGGGGGUGUGUGUGAAAACAAUAAAGCUGGUUUUAAAUGGA